CAUAAGGUUAGUCAAUUAUCCAUAACUGACAUUCCAAGAAACCCCGUUGAUUGCACUUGUCAGUGCGAGCAUCGAGUAUGGUUCAUUUCUGCCCCUAUUGUAACAACCUAUUGUUCGUCGAGGAGUCCGGUGGCAAACUGCAGUUCACCUGCAACCUGUGCCCGGUAUACUUCCCAAUAAAAAGUAACAUAGUGUACAGAAACCACUACAAACUAAAGGAGAUCGACGACGUGCUGGGUGGCGCCGAGGCUUGGAAGAACGUGGACUCGACGGAGGAGAGGUGUCCCAAGUGCAGCCACCCAAGAGCCUACUUUAUGCAACUGCAAACCAGAUCAGCCGAUGAGCCCAUGACAACAUUCUACCGUUGCUGCAAUCCCGAGUGCAAUCACAACUGGCGCGACUAAACUGUUAGUCCAAUGUCUACUGUUGCUGAUAUUGCCAUCUUGAGCGAUUCUAAGUCAUUGGCAAUCAAAUAUUUGAAACAAGGACAGGUUGUGGCUGUUCCCACUGAC